UGUGUAUAUUAUAAUAAGCAGUUUAUUAAAUAUCAUAUAAUUAUAUAAAUGAACAUAAUAUUUUAUGUACCCACAAGUAGAUUGUACAAUGUACACUUAAAAUGAUAAGACGCAAGAUUUUUAAUUUCUGUUUUAAAGUUGAUAGACUCUUAGGCAAAAUGAGCGCUUCCAAUUUAAAACCUUUUACUGUUCUCGUGGAGGGUAAUAUUGGAAGCGGGAAAACAACAUUUUUGGAGCAUUUUCAACAAUUUCAAGAUAUAACGCUACUCACUGAACCUGUUGAAGAAUGGCGCAAUCUAAAAGGGUGGAAUUUGUUGGACUUGAUGUAUAAAGAUCCUGCAAAGUGGGCAAUGACCUUCCAAUCGUAUGUUACUAUGACUAUGCUGGACAUGCAUCGUCGUCCUACUUCUACCCCAGUGAAACUAAUGGAGAGAUCAUUGUAUAGCGCUAGAUAUUGUUUUGUAGAACAUAUGAUGAGGAAUGGUACUCUUCAUCCUGCUCAGUUUGCUGUGCUUGACGAGUGGUUCAGAUUUAUUCAUCGGGAGAUACCUAUUGAUGUAGAUCUUAUUGUUUACCUUAAGACAACACCACAAGUAGUUCAUGACAGAAUAAAGAAACGGGCCCGAUCUGAAGAACAGUGUGUGCCAUUAUCCUAUAUAGAGGAAUUACAUAAAUUACAUGAAGACUGGCUUGUAAAUAGAACAUUUGCUGAGUGUCCAGCACCAGUUCUGAUGAUUGAUGCAGAUUUGGACUUGUCCCAAAUAACUGAAGAGUAUAAAAAAAGUGAACACCAAAUAUUGAAACGAGCAGUUGAUGUUGUCAUGCAGUCACCAAAUAAGCUAAGCCCAAAGAAACCUAUUACAAGUUCUGCGAUUAAGAUAGUACCUCAAAUAAGACUUUAACAUAAGUAAAUUUAAUUUUUAUUGGAA